AUGGAGUUCUCCGGCGUUCGCCUCCCCCUGCUCGUGGCGGCGCUGGCGAUCCUGUUCGCUGUCUCUGCCGCGCAGGCCCCUGGCCCAGCGCCCAUCGGACCGCCCACCCCCUCGCCCGCUCCUCCCACUCCGGCACCGUCGCCUCCCCCCACCCUCCCCCCGCCCACCCCGGCCCCGGCGCCCGUGACCCCGGCGCCUGCCCCCACCUUACCGACUCCAGCUCCGACGACGCCAGCACCCGAAGCCCCCUCCCUCUCCCCUCCCUCCCCCACCCCCACCGGCGGCAAUUCCCCUGCCCCGGCCAUUGAACCUCCCCCUCCGACCACCAAUGCUGCCACCACGCGCCGCACCGCGGGAUGGGACUCCGCCGCCUUCGUUGCCUUCGUCGCCUCCGCCGCCGCCGCCGCAGUCGCCUAUGCGCUCUAG